AUUGACGAUAUGUCCGCAGUUGACUGUCAGUUGAUAAAAUAAUUUUCUGGAAAGAAAAACAAGACGUGUUUGAUUUCAUUAUUUUUCUGUCGUACAAAGUUGCUGAGUUAAGAAAAUACAAUAACAUAAUAUUAUUUUCUUUUUUAUUUAAUAUAUAAUGAAAUCAGUGAUUUAGUUUACUUAUGUUUAGAAAUUAACAUAUAAAAAUGAGUAAGCAUAUGUAUUCUACUGCCAAUUUGACCGACAAGGAGCUAAAAGAGCAAGGAAACCGACUUUUCAGUCUACGUCGUUUUGAGGAUGCGAUGAAUUUUUAUACGAAAGCGAUUAUAAAAAACCCGUCAGUUGCGACAUACUUUACAAAUCGUGCAUUAUGCCAUUUGAAAAUGAAGAGAUGGGAAGCCACUUGCCAGGAUUGUCGUCGCGCUUUAGACAUAGAUAGUAAUCAAGUAAAGGGACACUUCUUUUUAGGACAGGCGCUAGUUGAGCUGGAAUGCUAUGAUGAGGCUAUAAAACAUCUCCAUAGAGCAAAUGACUUAGCUCGUGAACAAAAAUUGAAUUUUGGUGAUGACAUUGCGGCUCAAAUACGAAUUGCAAGGAAGAAGAGAUGGAAUGUACAAGAAGAGAAGAGGAUAUCACAGGAAAUUGAAUUACAGACAUAUUUGAAUAGAUUAAUAAAUGAAGACUUGCAACGUAGAAUAGAAUCAAUUAAGCUAGAAAAUCUAAACGAAGAAGAUACUAGUACAAAAAUAACAAAGGCAGAAGAGGAGUGUAAUAACUACAGUAGCGAGCUGAACAAUCUGUUCUCUAAGAUCGACGAGCGGCGAAGGAAACGCGACGUCCCAGACUAUUUGUGCGGUAAAAUCAGUUUUGAGAUUUUAAACGAGCCGGUCAUCACUCCUAGCGGUAUCACAUAUGAGAAGAAGGAUAUAGAGGAACAUCUUGAACGCGUAGGCCACUUCGAUCCGGUGACUCGCGUGAAGUUAACAGCAGAUCAGUUGAUUCCUAACUUCACCAUGAAGGAAGUUGUUGACGCCUUCUUGCAGGAAAACGAAUGGGCGCUCGAUUAUUGAACAAUACCUCGAUAAUCGUACACUAAAUUAGUGUCCACGCUUGUAGAUAGAGACCAUUUCACAUUUCCAUAAGUGAUUUUAGAGAAAUUCUAGGUUUUGCCACAGUCAUAUUAUUUUGUUCCUAGUGCCAACGAUGGGCGAGAUAAUUUGAUAAUAACCUUACCAUAUAUAUAAAUAUGAAGUACUUUUUAUUGCAGGUUUACGUAGCCUGAUUUUUAUCCCUUGCAAUAUGAUAAAUGCGAAAGUGUGUUUGUUUGUGUUUCUUUCACGUCGCAACGGAGCGAUUUUAUUAUAUCUGGUAGAUAGACGGGAGGCUGGAGGCGACACAGGCUCCUUUUAACCGCGGUGAUAUAUAUCAAUCCCAUUGGAAUUUCUUUUGAUUACGCGGGCAAGACCGCAGGUGGAAACUAGUUUCAUUUGAGGUCAAAUGUACUACGCAGGAUCGGAAAUUCCAUUUUAUUUACUUCGACUAUGACAUAUUAGAAACAUUACACUAUUUUAUUGAACUUUAAAACUAAAUAUUUUCACAUAUCGUAAAAAUAUCUUUGGGUUAUUUUUUAUAUGUAAUUAUUUGAAUUUUUAAAUGGUUUUAAAGUCAAAUAAGUACGAAAGUAUAUGAAGACUACGGUUCAGGAAAAUAAUUUAAAAUAUAAUAUCUUAUUCAAAUAACUUUCACAGUUCGUUUCACUGUCUUAUUGUUGUGGCGGGAAGUUAUUAUUAGAUCUCUACGAAUUAUUGAUUUCAAUGUUGUAAUAUAAAAAGCUUUAAAUGUGUUUGUGUUGUUUUUAAUUACGACUGAUUUGUUGUCUUUUCUAUAUAUUCUGUAUUCAGCUUAAUGAUACCUAAAAAUUAAAACAAAAAUGUUUAUGUUCAAUGUGUUUAGAUAAUAUUUCAGUAUAAGAUAGAAAAAAAAACUUAUUAUCAUUUAAAUCUUGCCUCAUUUCACCCUUAUGUCAUUGAAUUUUUGUGUUCUUCUUAAGUCAUAAUUAGAGUUGUAAAAUUAAAAAAAAAAGUCAUUUUGAUUUUACGAAAACAAUGAUACAUCAAUACAUAUUACUUACUUUGUAAUGUUGGUUCAAAAAUUUACAGGAAAAUAAAAAAAAACAAGGUCACAAAGUAUUUCGUACGGUUUUUAACAACAGUUGUGAGAAAGGCUUUUUUUUCAGUAAAACAAAAUGCUAUAAUUGUCAUAGUGUCGCUUUUACAUUUAAAUGUGUGAAGCGUUUAAUAAUAUGCGUAUUUACUUUAACCAUGAUCUUCGAUAAUAAUUUAUACAAUAGUUUAAGUUUUGAUUUAUGCAAUGCUAUAGCUAUAAAUAAAAUUGGUAUAUUCUACGCGAUCCUAUAAAUGUUUUUAUGGUUAUUAUUUAUGUAAGAACGCGUUCUCAAAACAGAUAUGAAACUCGUCAUUUUUUCGCGCCAAAUUUCGCGGUAAUGCCAUGUCAUGUGCCCACAAUGACAAAAUAAAAUAACCCUUAUUACCACGUCUUUAAACUCACGCUCAUCAGCAAAAUGUGCGAAAAUUUAACGUUUUGUUUUUUUUCCGAAAAUUUAUGUUGUAUUUGAAUGUAAAUUUUUCCAGAAAAAAAGAUGGAAAAUGCCUCAUAUCGUCAAUUUUGAGAGAAGAAAUAACGGUUAAGUAAUAGUUUUUACGACAUCAAACGUCAAUAUGUUAAACCAAUUUUUUUCUCCUUAAAUUAGAAAAUAAAAUAGUCUUUUAUUAGGGUUUUUUAUACAGUUUUAUUAUUUCACAUAAUGUACUGAAAGAUGAUAUGUACUCAUUUAUGUCCGAUUUGGGAACGCGGUCUUUAUGUAUGGAUUUCCCUGACACAUUAUUAAUUCAGGUACAUUAAUUAUAUAAUUAAUUAUUUACUUAAGCCCUGGCACUUAUGAUAUGUUCUAUGUUCAUAUGAAGUGUUUAUUUCUGUUAGGUAAAAACAUCGUAUGCAACAGGAGUGUGUUGUUAUUUAAUAUAUCUAUAUAAUAAUAACAUUAAGAACUAUUUUAAGUUAUGAGCAGAAUUUUAUAUUAUUUCUGAUAUAUCAAGAUAUUUAAUGUUGCGGAAACUUUUUAUUUCCUGUGAUACCAAUAGAAGUAAUAUUUGUUUUUAAAUGUACAUACUUAUGACUUUAUUUAAUUUGCCAUUUUAAAUUACAAAACUAUUGAUGUCUCAUCUAUUUGCUCUUAUACAAUAAUAAUAUUGGUAAAAUAAAUAUCCACAUAUUAUAGAAAUACAUAUGUGUUGCAUGUAAUGUGUUGCAGUUUUUUGUGUUUGUAAAUAUAAAUAUUUUAAAUCUUAAGAGCCUAUAUUGUAUUAUUUCAAAAUUUGUUUUGUAAAUAUAAAUAAAUUAAGACCUUUUCUGUUACACAUUUAAGUUUAAAAUUGAUUUGGGGAUUUAAUGAAAAUUUAUUAAAAAUUACAUGAUAGUAAAAUUUUGUCGUAAUUUGUAUGGAACCAGGUCGUGAUUACAUUGUAUCAUUAAGUUAAGUAAAUGUUGGUUUGUAAA